UUUUUAAGCCAAUUACUAAUCCACCCUUUUCACUUACUCUGUAUCUCCAGCUAACUUUUAACCAAAACAGCCAUGGCGGCGACGGCGACGGCGACGGCGGCGGUGUCGCAGAUUCCAUUGACAGGGAUGAGGAAGAACAGUUUGUUACCAGCAUUGAUUAAUCCAGCUUCGCCUGGAAGAACCGGUAGCCGGAAUAUCAGUUUCGGUUUUAAAAAUGUUUUGCCGGUAAAUGUUAUAGCGAGUAGUAAUGGAAGUGGUAGUACUGAUAAUGGCGCUGUUUAUGUUGCACGUACAGCUCCAGUAACUCCUUCUUCGCCUGCUAGCUCUCGGGUGAAAAGUCACACCAUAUCAGUAUUUGUUGGGGAUGAAAGUGGCAUAAUCAAUAGAAUUGCUGGAGUUUUUGCUCGAAGGGGUUACAAUAUUGAGUCACUUGCUGUUGGUUUGAACAAGGAUAAAGCUCUUUUUACCAUAGUGGUCUCAGGAACUGAGAAGGUCUUGCAACAAGUUGUAGAGCAGCUCAACAAGCUCGUGAAUGUCUGGAAGGUGGAGGAUCUGUCAAGAGAACCACAAGUUGAACGGGAGUUGAUGCUCAUAAAACUGAAUGCAGACGCAACCACAAAAGCUGAAAUCAUGUGGUUAGUGGACAUCUUCAGAGGAAAAAUUGUGGAUAUAUCAGACCACUUUCUGACUAUUGAGGUAACUGGUGAUCCAGGGAAGAUGGCUGCCGUUCUGAGAAAUUUAAGCAAGUUUGGGAUUAGCGAACUAGCCCGAACUGGAAAGAUUGCUUUGAGACGAGAAAAGAUGGGUGAGGAUGCUCCUUUUUGGAGGUUUUCUGCAGCUUCUUAUCCAGAUCUCGAAGAAAAACUUCCCAGUAUCCUGAACAACAAAAGUCGACCAAUUGACAAUGGAGCCAGCAAUGAUCCCGGGGGUGAUGUUUAUCCUGUGGAAUCCAGUGAUGAAAUCUCAGUUAAUCAAGUUCUCGAUGCCCACUGGGGAUAUCUGUAUGAUGGAGAUUUGACUGGGAUUCGAUCACACACAUUAAGCAUGCUUGUCAACAAUGCUCCUGGGGUCCUAAAUUUGAUAAGUGGUGUUAUAUCUCGACGAGGGUAUAAUGUUCAGAGUCUUGCUGUAGGCCCUGCAGAGACAGAGGGGCUUUCACGUAUUACCACAGUGGUCCCUGGAACUGAUGAAACCAUAGGGAAAUUGGUCAAGCAAUUUAACAAGUUGAUAGAUGUUCAUGAGGUUCGAGAUAUAACUCAUUUGCCAUUUGCUGAGCGGGAGCUAAUGCUCAUUAAAGUAGCCUCCAAUGCAGCAGCAAGGAGGGAUGUCCUUGAUAUUGCCAGUAUUUUCCGUGCUAAACCUGUUGAUGUGUCUGAUCAUACAGUAACAUUGGAGUUGACUGGAGACUUCAACAAGCUGUUGGCAUUGCAAAGAUUACUGGAGCCUUAUGGCAUUUGUGAGGUGGCUCGUACAGGGCGGGUAGCAUUGAUACGAGAAUCUGGUGUGGACUCAACGUACCUCCGGGGUUAUGCUCUUCCUCAAUAGUGUUAAUUAAACUCUUUUAAGUGUAUUUUAAUACAUCGGAAACAACCUCUCUACCUGCACAGGUAGAUAUAUGUAGGGUAAGACUGCAUACACACCACCCUCCCCAUAUCUCACUUGUGGGAUUAUACUGCGUAUGUUGUUGUUGUCGAGUUUCUUUCUUUCUGACCUUUUCUGGUCUGAGAAAUGAAGAGUUCAUCUGUGUGCUAUUUCUAGUUCUAGUGUACUUGUAUUAUUUAGGCAUUCAUUAGAAAGAACUCCAGACCGUGGAGUAGAGCUUAACAAUGAAGUUUGAGUAAUGUUGUAAACUAAUUAUGUGGAAUGUAUCAUUUGGAUGUUUUUAUUAAUACAUGAGUUUAAGUUAUAUGAA